AUGCCGUCGGACUACGUUGAUCGUGUCAUUGAACGUCUUAGGAAGAAAAAUACGGAUGAAAAAGAAUUUCUCGAAGUUGCUGAAGAAGUACUGAAAAGUCUUCGACCAGUUGUGAAAAAACAUCCUGAAUACGAAAAAAUGGCCUUGCUCGAACGUCUCACAGAACCAGAACGUGUUAUUAUCUUUCGUGUACCAUGGGAAGAUGAUAAUGGUCAAAUCCAAGUCAAUCGUGGUUACCGUGUUCAAUUCAAUGGUGCUAUUGGACCAUACAAAGGUGGAUUGCGUUUUCACCCAUCGGUAUACUUGGGUAUCAUUAAAUUUUUGGGUUUUGAACAAAUUUUGAAAAAUUCAUUAACCGGUUUGCCAAUUGGAGGUGGCAAAGGUGGUUCAGAUUUUGAUCCGCAAGGAAAAUCAGAUGCUGAGGUCCUUCGAUUUUGUCAAAGUUUCAUGAGCGAACUUUAUCGACACAUUGGACCUGAUAUUGAUGUACCUGCUGGUGACAUUGGUGUUGGUGGCCGCGAAAUUGGUUUUAUGUACGGACAAUACCGUCGAAUUCGUGGCGCUUUCGAAAACGGUGUCUUGACUGGCAAAGGUCUAACCUACGGUGGUAGUCAUAUUCGAAGUGAAGCUACAGGUUUCGGUGCAAUGUAUUACGCUGCUGAAGUUUUGAAACAUCAAGGUGAUAGCUUACAAGGCAAAACUAUCGUUUUAUCCGGGUAUGGAAACGUAGCAUGGGGCGUUUGUAUCAAAGCCCGUGAUCUCGGCUCAAAAGUCAUCUCUAUUUCCGGUCGAGAUGGUUAUAUACAUGAUCCUGAAGGAAUUGCUACUGAUGAAAAAAUUGACUUCCUCCUUCGCAUUCGUGGCGAAAAUAAUGUUAAAUUAGAAGAUUAUGCCAAGACAUUCGGUGUGAAGUUCUAUCCAAAAGAAAAACCAUGGAAAUUAAAAGGUGACAUUGCUUUUCCAUCGGCAACUGAAAAUGAAAUCGAUAUCGAAGAAGCGAAAGAAUUAACCAAGAAUGGUAUUAAAUAUGUUUUUGAAGGAGCCAAUUUCCCAACAACACCUGAAGCUAUGGAAUAUUUCAAGCAGAAUGGUGUUAUUUUAGGUCCAGCUAUUGCCGCCAAUGCAGGUGGUGUGGCCGUUUCCGAACUUGAAAUGACUCAAAAUUCUUCCCGUUUAUUAUGGACAAAAGAAAAAGUUGACGCCAAAUUGAAAGAAAUCAUGAUCAACAUCCAUGCGAAAUCCAAAGAAGCUGCAGAAAAGUAUGGUCUCGGCUAUGAUCUUGUUGCUGGUGCAAACAUUGCUGGAUUUGAAAAAGUUGCUGACGCUAUGAUUGCUCAAGGUUCAUAUUAA